GUUCUAUUGAUCUCUAUUCUUGGAAAGGUAACAUUUCAAAAUGCCGACAGUGUUUUGAAGAAGAAAAAAUCAAACGUUCUAUAGUUCUGGUACUCACUUUUUAUCGAAAAAAAGGACUUUGACAAUGGUAAUUCACUAAGGAUGACGGAACAGGAAGAUAUUUCGCCUUGUUACAUAACGAAACGAGGAAACUUGGAGCCGUUAAAUAUAAUUUAUUUAGGUCACCGUUCGCUAUAUUUACCUGACUUCGAUGCUUUCGUUUGGAGGCUGCCUUCAGGAAACCAAGCCAAUUCUCAGGUAUGUUUUAGAUGAAUGUCUAAAUGUAUGAUCAAAUGAGGACUGAGAAAUAAUGCGGCAGAAAACAACUACUAAAUUAAAGUUUAUGUCAACCGUAAAAACCUGUCAAACGGCGUUUUUGAAUUAUGUCGCAGUUCAACGAGUUCUCGAUAUUGCUUUGACAGUAUCUUCUAGUGAAAGAAGAAGAGUUGCCUUGCGGCUUUGUUUGCGAACGCGAGGAGAGUUGAUGUCUGAUGUUAUCAAAUUUCGAGUUCGAAAGAAGACCACAUUGAAGACCAAAUUAGACCACCUUUCUCUUUUCAAAACUAAAAGGUUUUUUGCUAGAACAAUUUACGUUACAUUACUUAUCUACCUAAAAGCUAUCUGUGAACAAAAACUGAGGGAAAAAAUAUGCGGUGCCAACUUUCCUCACUUGCAGCCAAUGGCUGAAUUGCGGAGGAACCAGAGAGGUGAGAUCGGACGUCAGCAUGCAAAGGCGCACUCUUGCAGCCUGAUUCAGUCCAUGUUUUGAUCACACCUCGCCCACCCAGACCGAUGACGGCACAAGUCAGAUAGACCAUGACAUCGGGGCCUACGAAAAAUCGGGGCCAAAUUCGGUUUUUCAGCUCUUGCCACUCGAUGCUCGACAUUUUCCUGACUGUUUGAAGCAUUUACAGAGUAGUUUUCACGGCAAAUGCUUAAUUCAAACGGUCAAUGGCAUAUAUCCUGCUUAUUCACUUUGGUCGGUUUCUUGAGGCUCUGUCAAAAUUAUUUAUGGUAAUAUUUAUAAUAAAGAAAAUAACAAUUGAAUGAACUUCAGACGAAUUUAAAAGCCGUGCGGGAAAAAGUAGUUGGAUGAACUUCGACGGUUUCUUCUCUAAAGUCCCUUGACGCAACAUUGGCCUGAGAUGGAUUAUCUAAGGCUUCGAGAAUGUAUAUCUAUUUUGUACCAAAAUAUCUUAACUGUGUUUUGAUUAAUCGGCGUCUUUCAACGAUUCUGGUUCAGUAAUUUUUAAUAAUUUACAUGCAAAUGCAUUUCCUUUUAACAAAGUCAUCGAUAUUUUGGACAAUUCAAAACGCAAACAAAGCAAUAUUUUGGCCUGCUGGGCGUAUAUAUUAUAUUUAUAUAAAUAUAUAUGCUUACGCAGGCACAAGACUGAAGUUUAACCGGACACUUGUCUUCUUUCCAGAUCUGUUGAGGAUGAUAUCAGCUUCCCAACUCUGUUUUGCGUUGCUUCUAGUCGCGCAACUAGCCCACAGUUCAUCUCACCACAAUGGCACGGAGGGUGAGCAUUCCGUCGGCGAGGGCUUGAGCAGUGAUACAAAAUGUAGCUGGAACUGUAGAGUUAUCGAGUCUGAUUUCACCAAACAAUGUGAUCCUGUAUUUACAAAAAAGAGAUUCAUCAACUUUUCUGCCGAGUACCCUGUGAUGAUGGACAAAAAAUGCCUCAAGAAAGUCGCCAUUGGCUCUGUCAGUGCGUAUCUUUAUGUAUGGCGACCAGCAAACGGCACAGUUUCUUCUUUUUCUCGCGGAAUCAAAAGCGUGUGGAAUUUGAUCUUCGGAAAACGUUGUAUCGAGAAAGGCAAAAUGAAAGUAUUUUGCAGCUUAAAUUCCACCAGGACAGCGGUUCCAGACAACCAAGUAGCUCAAGAAGUGAAUAAAAGGGUCGAAGAGAUGGGUUUAACAUUUAUUACAGAUAAAGAACAACCAGGGCCAUUGUUAACUGACAUCGCUGCUAUUUUUGUUGGCAUUCUUCAAGGUUCUUGUACAUAUUAUCUCCCUGCUUUACUUUGCAUUUUUUCUCCUACAGUAGGCAGGAAAAAUGGCAUUCUAUAUAUUCUCCUUCAAGGUGCAGGUCCUGCUAGCCUUCGAGGUUUCUUGGGGAACAAAUUAUUCACCAUGGAUCGCUCUUUCUUGCAUUUUACCAGCCGUUGCCAUAAAGCAAAAAUGUUAUUUUUCCGUGUCGUGUUCAUGGUGAUUCCUUUCCUUCUCCUGGCACCUGCACUGUUUGUUGCAAAUAUGACACCUUUUAAAUUGCCUUACUGUCAUUUUAACUUGACUCAUCCCUUUGUAGUAGUAUGCAUUAUCUGCUACUUCCUUCGUGUGGUAAGUUCUUCUUUAUUUUUAAUAAUACCUCAGGAAGCUGCAGAGGAAAGGCUAUGUCAUUUUUGCCGGCAGUUGAGUUCUAAUCCGCGUUCCUGUGCUGGUAUAUUACCUCGGCGAAUCAUAAGUCAUAUGCGCUUGCAGCCGCUAAUUGUUGUUGAAUGUUUAAAGUCUUUUGUUCGAGGACUUAAAAAGUAUUUUAGGAUCAUUAUUGGAAUUUGGAAAGGUUCAGACUCUUGGGUUAUCUGUGUUCCUUCGGUGACAAUUCUCCUUUUGGUUGUUCCGUUUGCCAUUGCUUUGUUACUCCUAGCAUACCUUGCAAAAUGUCUCUCUUUCCUUUUUUAUACUUCUCCCUUGAGUAUUGCUUUUGAUGACAAUUUCUUUUACAUCAGCCCAGUGAGGUUUCGGGAUCAGUUUAAAGGUUGCAUAUCAAAUUUGGACAUCAGAGGCAUUGUGAGACAUCUCUGUUUGAUGGUCGGGCUCUUUCUAGUCGUAUUAGGAGCAAUAUUUCUCAGCCUGUUUGUAGGUCUUGGAGUUCUGUUUACCUUCUUUCUGGCCUUUACUAUGAUUCUUCUGUUUCCCGAACAGAGUAUUCCAAUUGUGGCUUGUAUUCUUCUUAUCUUUUACUACCUCUUGAGUAUCUACAACUCCUUUGCCAAUAAAUACCACGAUCUCUCCCUGAUAAUUUUUGACUUCUACAAAAGCGAAAAGGAUCAAAUCUCCAGUGAGGAGAUGUGCACCGAAGGGUCAACUAACUCUAGUGACGACAGAGACAUUGUCCUAAAAAUUCCUAAAGAUCUUUUCGAUAUGGCGUGUGAGGAACUUUGGCCAGUCAAAGAAGCUGUCUGUUUACUACUUCUGAAAGUCAUUCUGAUUUCUACUUUUAUUUUUCUGAUAUUCUACUUAUCAAUGAAGCUUGAUAUUGACGUUAGGCCUCUCGCUAAAACUGUUCUGGCGUUUGCGACGGGAUUGAUUCCUAAGAUCUUCCUAGCUUACUUUGAAGGAAACAGACGUAAGAGAAUUGAGACCUUGGCUGUUAAAGAGACAGCUCCUAAAAUAAUUCAAAAGUACCUCAAGAGAUUUAACGACGGGCAGAGUAAUCUUGGCGCUGAUCACCAAGAGGCAAGUUUAGCCAUUCAGGGAAACGAGGAGAACAUCGAGAUUCACAUCGAUACGCAACAUGACUCUUCAACUGACUCUUAA